AUGUGGUCAACACCCGUGUACCAAGCAGAAACGUCAGUAUCGGAACUACCCGUAGUGAUGAUUACAGGAACUGUUGUCGGUAAUCUUGAUGAUAUUAUGUACGGCUUCGUUUCUUCGACGAGCGAGCAGAUGUACGUCAAGUUAUCGUAUGCCUAUGACGAGAUUCCUGGUAGAUGUGCGCUUUCGACUCUUGUUCAUCCGACCGUAGACGAUCCGUUUCAUUCAGUUGCUAUCAAGUGGGUAGAGACUCAAAUUCCGUCGGCAUUACGCCCUCUUGUUAAACCGCGCGAUUUCAUUCAUAUGAAUACUACAGGCAUCGAAAGACUUCGAAAUGGAGAACGUGUUGGAUACCACAUCUUCCACUCGGUUCAAUUUCCAGAAACACCGCCGCUAUUGACUCACAUCCGAGGCAACACCUCCAUUAGUAUCUUGCAUCGGCAGCGAACCAAGAACGUGUUGGAUGAUUAUAUUAAACUACUUUGA